AUGACCUUUCUUCGUGUGGCCAACAAACAGAGAAGAAAUGGGCAAAACCGAAGACGACUUCGCCGCUAUUUUGCCCUGAUUAAUCUGUUUACGAGUGGCCGUGCACUAACCUACUGUAGGAUGGACAGGAAUGUACCCAUCCUGCGCUUGUGGUUUGACGUGGAGUUGGAACUCAUCCGGGACUUCAGACUGAAACUCAAGGACAGCAUUAUUGACUCUUCUAGCCCUUUUUUGGGAGAUGGGGUGGUGGGUGCUUUAGGACCUGGUGGGGAAGAAGUAGACGGGCCUGCCCGUGUGGCUGGCAUCGGUGUUGGCGGGGCUGUGUCUGCAGUAGUGGAAGAUGGAUCCGGCUCCUCCAUGGGAGGUUCAACAAUGGCCUAG